UGUGAUUUGUUAUAUCAAACUACAUUAAAUGGCUGAGUACAUAGUUUCCCUGAUGAUUGAAAAAAUUGCUGAUCAAAUUGUGGAGGAAGCUCGUUCCCUGUCAAGAGUGCGCCAUCAAGUCGAAUGGAUUGAAGGCGAAUUCAGGCGAAUGCAAUGCUUUCUUAAAGAUGCAGAGGCUAGACAAGACAGUGAUGAAAGAGUUAGAAAUUGGGUUGCAGAUAUAAGAGACUGUGCUUUUCAAACAGAAGAUGUUAUCGACACUUACAUAUUGAAGAUGGCGCGAAAAAGAGGAAAGGGGUUGAUCACAGACCUCUUCGAGAGGUACCCUUUUGUUUUCUUUCAAGAAUUGAUUCAUCGCCAUCGAGUUAACAAGCAGAUAAGAGGGAUCAAGAUGAGAAUUCAUGAUAUUAGUAUUAGUCGGACGGCUUAUGGUAUUGAAAAUUUUAGCAGAACGGGAGAAGGGUCUAGUAGUUCUGCGGCUGAGUUUAUCCGGGAGAAGAGAAGAUCUUAUCCUCAUGCUUGUGAGGAGGACAUUGUUGGGUUGGUGGAAGACAUAAAGAUUCUAGGAGAAAGAUUGAUUCAUGGGGGAUUAGAGCGUUUAGUAAUUUCGAUCAUUGGCAUGGCGGGAUUAGGUAAGACAACUCUUGUUAAGAAAAUUUAUCGAAGUAGUGAUGUCAAGAAACAUUUCAGUUGUUGUGCUUGGGUUUAUGUUUCACUAGAGUAUAGAGCAGGAGAGGUCUUGCAGGAUUUGUGUAAAAAAAUCCUGGGGCUUGGAAGGGGGGAGUCGGAGAAAAUGAAUAGAGAAGAUAUGGAAGAAGAGUUGUCAAAACACUUGGAAGGAAAGAGGUAUCUCAUAGUUUUGGAUGAUAUAUGGAAUAAAGAAGUUUGGGAUGAUCUGAAAGCAGCUUUUCCUGAUGAAAAGAAUGGAAGUAGAAUAAUUUUCACAACCCGCUUCAAAGAUGUUGCUUUACAUGCUGAUCCGAGAAGUCCACCAUAUGAACCGUGCCUGCUUAAUGAGGAAAAUAGUUGGGAAUUGUUGUCCAGGAAGGCAUUUCCGGGAUUGAAUGCCAUGGCGAGCCUGCCUCCUUGGUCUAAGGAACUUGGCAAUCAGAUUUUGAAGAAAUGUGGUGGCUUACCUCUCGCCAUUGUAGUUUUGGGAGGUCUUUUAUCAAGAAAAGAAGCAACUUAUAGUGAAUGGCUCAAAGUUGUGCAGAGUCUUCAAUGGCAGCUCACAAAAGAUCCUGCAAAAUGCGCAGACAUCUUAAAGUUAAGUUAUCAAGAGUCGCCCUUCUAUUUGAAAUCAUGUUUUCUUUAUGUUGGCCUUUUUCCUGAAGAUUUUGAGAUUUCUGCUAGAAGGUUGAUCAUGUUGUGGGUUGCUGAAGGGUUUGUACAACCAAGAGUAGAAGAACAAUUGGAGGAUGUCGCGGAGGAUUACUUAGAGGAGCUAAUAGGAAGGAGCAUGAUUCAAGCUGCAACUAGGAAAUCUAAUGGAAGGAUUAAGACAAUUCGAGUACAUGAUCUUCUGAGGGAAUUCUCCAUCUCAAAAGCUAGGGAAGAUCAGUUUCUUGAUAUCAUCCAUGGAGAUAAUGUCAAUGCCAAGGCCCGAAGACUAGCUAUACAUUUUGAGAUGCCUCAUACAACAAGAAAUAUUUCAAGAAUCCGGUCUUUGUUGUUCUUCGACGUCAGUGAACCCGUUCAGUUAACUUUAGAGCACUCUCAACUUCUGAAAGUUCUUGAUUUGGAGGGCGUUCACAAAGUUCUGCUUGACUCUUCUGUAGGAAACCUUAUUCACUUAAGGUACUUAGGCUUGAGAAAAACUUGGUUAAAGAAGCUUCCUUCUUCAAUGAGCAAUCUCUUGAACUUGCAGACUCUUGACUUAAGAUCCACAAUGGUUGAUCCGAUCCCAGUUGUGAUUUGGAAGAUGCAACAAUUGAGACAUCUUUACUUUAAUGAGCUUAGGGAGAUGGUAGUGAAGCCGCCUGCAGAGGUGUCCCUGAAAAAUCUCCAGACACUGCAGGGUUUAAGUGUUGGUGAAACUAGCUGCAUAGAGCAAGGUUUGAACAAAUUGUCCAAUCUCAGAGAGUUAGGAUUAUUUGGUCAGUUGCUUAUGCAUGAAGAAGCUUUAGGUAAAUGGAUUCUUAACUUGAAGGGUCUCUGUUGCUUGAAAAUUGAUGCAAAAAGUAGUAUUGACAUUAUGGUUAAUACCAUUCCAAAGCUUAUGCCGUUUUCAAAUCAUGCUCAUCUGUAUAAGCUUCAUUUAAGAGGAUUCAAAAAGAAGUUGAUUGAUGUAGAAGAUUUUCCGCCAAAUCUUACAGAACUGUGCUUGCAAUCCUCGUUGUUGAUGGAAGACCCCAUGAAAAAGCUUGAAAAGCUGCAAAAUUUGAGAGUUUUGAGAUUGAAGGAGUCAUCAUAUGUAGGGAAAGAAAUGGUUUGUUCUAGUGGGGGGUUUCCGCAACUGCAUUUCUUGAAACUAUCUCGCUUAAAUGCAGUUCAGAGGUGGAGAAUAGAAGAAGGAGCAAUGUGCAAUCUCAGGCAGCUGGAGAUUGUGGAGUGUAAGCUGUUGAAAAUUGUUCCAAGAGGAUUGUGGCCAGUGACUAGUCUUCACAAUUUGAAGUUAGGCUUCUUGCCAUUGGAAUUUGAAAGGAUGGUUCAAGACCGAAAGGGAGAAACUUGGUACAAAUUAGAGCAUGUAAUGCCAAUGUAGAGAAAAUUUCUGUGUUUCCAUGUACUUUUUCCUCCACAUCAUGAAAAGCUGACCUUUCAGAAGAUUUUGUGAAUGUUAAUGAAUAUAGAAACAAGUUUAGCCUUAAGUUAAAUUUGGCUGAACUUUGUGACUAUAAUAAUCCACAGGAAGGAUUCUAUUUGUGUAUAAUUUCAGCUAGAAAUUAGCUAUCACAUUAUCUUUUGCUGAGCUCUGGCAUUUGGCUCAUGGUAAACGAUAGGCAUUUCGCCUGAUUUUAAUAAAUUUAGCAAAAAUCAAGGAGGCUCCUGUCUCCUGAU